UGAGCGAAGCAGCUAUGCUGGGCAAGGACUACAUGCUGGCCAUCAUCCUGGUCAACUGCGAUGAUAACUUGUGGAAUGACCAAAAUACAGAAGGAGAGAUCGACCUUCCUUCAGGAUGGAGGAAAAUCCAUGACUCUUCUGGUACUUAUUACUGGCAUGUGCCCACAGGAACCACUCAGUGGCAACACCCUUCUCGCACUUCUGGUUUGGGUCAUGCUGGGGAAGCUGCAUUUCCAGAAACGGACCUUCAAUCUGCUGGGGUUAGAUGUGUGCCAACAGAGACGCUUAUCCCAAGCCCAGUGACUUCACUCUCCAAGAGGGGUCAAAACAUGGUGAUGAUUCUCAAGGAGGACACAAUGAACUUGGUGGAUCCUUUGGACCACAGCCUCAUCCACUGCCAGCCCAUCAUCAAUAUUCGUGUUUGGGGGGUGGGCUGCAACAAAGGCAGGGACAGGGAUUUUGCUUUCGUGGCCAGUGACAAGGACACGUGUGUGCUGAAGUGCCAUGUCUUCCACUGCAAUGUGCCUGGCAAGGCUAUUGCCAAAGCUCUGCAUGAAAUGUGCUCCAAGAUUAUGGCUGAGCAAGCAGUGGCAAGUAGCAGCCUCUCUCGAUCCAUCACCCUUGAAUCUAUUUCUCCAAAUGACAGACCUCUGCAAGCUGAUAUAUUGGAUGUUGUAAGACAGUCUGUUCAGAAAUACAAAGCUUUAUAUAUCGGCAGCUUACCAGUAUCUAAAUCUAUGGGGAUUGAUGUGCUAAAUAAUGCCAUUGAAACUCUGAUGGGCAGCCGUAACCGUGAGCAGUGGAUUCAAGCUGUGGUUAGCGUUUCAGACUCAGUGAUGCAAGCAGAUCAGACUGAAGCUGAAGAGGAGGAAGAUCCCUGCAUUUGGGAAUGUCAAGUACGCUAUGUGACUUUUAUUGGGAUUGGGAGAGAUGCCCACACAUUUGGACUUAUUGCUGACAUGGGGAAACAACGUUUUCAGUGCACAGCCUUUUGGUGUGAACCAGAUGCUGGAACCAUUUCAGAAGCAGUACAGGCUGCAUGUAUGGUCCAGUAUCAAAAGUGCUUAGUGGCAUCACGAAUGAGAACAAAAAGUGGUUCACACUCCAUAAUGAAGCUGAAAAGGACAAUGUCGCUCGAUUCACCCGUUUAUUCGUUUCCCAUCACAGGACCUUCCUUGCAGAAAACCAGCAGUGGGGCCACAACAUGGAAGAGGGGAAUGUUCUCUUUCUUUGAAACCUUCCGCCAAAAACAUUCCAUGCUACCCACUUCCUAAGAUGAAAACAAAGUCUGGUGGUCUGAAUGCCCCUUAAUGGCACUGUCCUCUGAUGUCCGGGCUACAAAUGUAACUAGCAUAAUUUUGUUUGUGAAACUCCUUCACUGAAGCGAAAAAACCAAUACAGCCAAACAAAACUGGAUCCUAAGAAGGAUCCUGACAGAUUCUGGACAUGCUACGCAUAUUUCUUCCAGUUCUUCGCUACAUAGAAACUCGGGGGGGGGGGGGGGGGGGGGGGCAGGGGAGACGCAAUGCUGCAUAAAAAACAUUUGAAGGUGCUGCUUGCUACUAAGAGCAAGCAACAUCAUAAUCACUGCAUAAACUUAAAAGUCUUGCUCCAAUUGCCCAGGGAUUCAUCUUCAUUCAGUAACAACACACAGUUUUUUUAUAGUUGAAGUUAUGGACAUUAAUACUGUUCCUUUCCUAGCUGUAGUUUGAACUCUUGGAAUGUGACACUGGAAAACAGGCUCAAGAGAAGAUAAAAAAAACUGCUGACUCUCUAGGUGCAUGUUUGGAUUAAUAUAAAUUAUUGAUCUGAAGUUAUUCCUGGAAAAUUAAUAAAUAAUUGACAUCAAUAUUCUUCAAGCUAAUGCCACCCAAAUGUGUUUGGAUCACAAAUCUCAAUAUUUUCAUUCAAUAGUUAAUAUACCAAUUAGUCUACUUUAUCUAUUCAUGUAUAGUUCUCACUGUACUAGUUUGUACAUGUUCCCUUCUGAAUAUUUCUUUUUAAUUUGAUAAAAUUAAAAUUUUAUCCUUUAACAUUUGAACAUCAUCAAUAAGUAGUGUUGCCAGUCAUGUAGAUACUAGGAAACAACUCUUCUGAAACAAGGACCUGCCGAUAAUAAACCCAAAUGGUGCACAUAAUCCCAGUGCUUUCUAACAAAACGUUUGUAAGCAAACUAUGCAUGCCUAGUUGUUGCACACAUGAUGGUUGUUUAUAACAUGGCCAUUCUGCCGGUCUGACACUUCAGUUGGAAGCAUCAUCUAGACUCAGAUCAUCAUUUGAUGAGCCAACAUUGAUUAUUCUUACAAGAGAGAAAUAAUAAAAAGAAAGAUUGCUUUUUCAAAAGAUGUAAUAUUGAAUGCCUGUUGCACUAGCAUUGUGAAAAUGACUGCUAGAUCACAUAUAUGGGAUCUAUACAAUGGACAGAUGACACUGCUAGGAAGAAGGAUGGAUCUCCAAAUCCAUUUUUAGUUGAGUUUCAUUCUUGAUAUAAUUCCUUUUCUUUCACUUAAUAAGUAAUCCUGGAUGAAGAUAGACUCAAGUCUACCUCAGUGAUACUUUUUAUCUGUGUACAUUGUGCAAAUAAAGUACUAAUAUA